UCCAACUCGAAACAUUUUCCAUUCUCUCCUUCUGCCUACCAAAAUACCUGCCCACUGCUUCUCCAACGCACUGUACAUAGCCAAAACCCACCGCUUCGAUCAAUCGGCCCGGACCUGGCCCAUCGUCCAUCCGCCUCCUAUCUGGCCCAUCUCUAAAAGCAAGCACCACACUCGGGCCUCGCCCCGGCUCGACGCCUCCGCACGCCCUCUAAUGCCGCCGCCGCCCUCACGACCAUAAUGCCCGCCUCCUCAUCUUUCAAUCCCCUCCGCUUUGCCAAGCGCAAACUGCAGCCCUACGACCCCCUCCCCGGCGGCAACUCGUACGCCGACGAAGCCCAUGACGAAUACGACCUAGAGAAGCACUCACCGCUCGACGGCCUGCACUACGAAGACACGGUCGACGACCCGUUCCCCGCACACAGCAGCUCGGGCGUGCUGCAGCCGCUGAGCCAGAAACCCCCGACAUCGCAGUACCGCCAGCGCUCCAACAGCCGCGUCCGCAAGGCCAGCAUGUCCAUAAACACAAACGUCUACCCGCACGCGCACCGCGUGAGCCGCCGCCGCUUCAGCCGCUGGUUCGCGCUGGCGCUGGGCGGCGCCGUCGUCUUUUUCAUCGUGCUGCUGAGCGCGCAGGGCCGCCGCAGCCACCUGGCCAUUGAGACGGGAUUGAUGCGCGAGCCGGACCCGCCCGCGCCCUGGGAGGCUUUCCCCUUCCUGCAGCGCUACCAUGGCGGCAUCCGCACCCUCGUGCCCCGCAGCGAGAACAAACCUGAAUACCCGGGCGAGGGCUUCAAUGUCUCGGAGCUGCUGGGCUACAAGAAGGACCCGGCGGAGAAGGAGAAGCGCGAUGCCACUGAGGCGCUCGAGGACGAGCGCACAAAGGACCACCACCUCCCGGCCAUGCAGGUGUUUAGUCCCUACCCUGCCUACGCUUCUGACGCCUACAAGAAGGACUACACCACCGUCAAGACGUGCUACCUAGACGACAAGCGCACCCAGCGCGUCCCGCAGCUGCGAGUGUACCCCGGAGUGGUGCAGGGCACGCCCGACCACGUCCUGGGCUCGUACGAGAUCUUUGGUCUGCGCAACGACGUCUGCUUCGACCGCUUCGGGCGCCUAGGCCCGUACGGCCUGGGCUACAGCCGCAAGAUGGGCGGCAGCGGCGCCGCCAUGGAAGGCGACCGCGAGGGCGCCGAGCAGGUCUGGAAGGACGACCCGGAGGUCGACUACCGCGAGGUGCACUGGGCGGACGUGCAGGAGCGUUGCGCCAGGGACAACGCGCACCGCUUCAAGCCCGCGCCGCAGACGGUUCCCCAUGGCUCGAACCACUUCUACUUUGCCAUGGACGGGACUGCAAGUGGGAACUGGAAGGCGUCGAUGCCGAUGCCGGAGAAGGUCGAGAAACGAGAUGGCGAAGCGACGACGAAGAGCAAGAAAUCAGAGACCGAAGAUUCGGGCGAAGCCAUGCCGGUUCGCGUGGUUGACUCUUCAAAGGGUGCAUCUUUAAGCACUGUCGAACCCCCCUCAGCCAGGAAGCUCCUCCCGCGCAAUGCGGUCAUUAUCCGCACUUGGCACGACUUCCACUACGAUGACGAGGAUCUCUUCUACUUGCGUGCCCUCGUCACUGAGCUCUCCGUCAACAGCGGCGGAGAGUACACGGUGCACUUCCUGAUCCACGUCAAGGACAACAACUUGCCCAUCUGGUCCGACGAAGGCACUUACCAGCGCGUGCUGAACGACUCUCUUCCCGAGGAGUUCCGUGGCAUGGGCACGCUCUGGACGGAACGGCAGAUGGAGCUGCUGUACGGCGGCAUGGACGACAGCCACUACCGCGACCUGCCGGUGUACGGGGCGUACCGCAGCACGAUGCUGCCGGUGCAGCACUUUGCGCACAUGCACCCGGAGUUCGACUUCUUCUGGCACUGGGAAAUGGACGUGCGGUACACGGGGCACUUUUACGAGCUGUUUGACAAGGUGGGGGCGUGGGCGCGCAAGCAGCCGCGCAAGGGCCUGUGGGAGCGCAACGCGCGCUUCUACGUGCCGCGCGAGCACGGCGACUGGGAGGACUUCAAGCACAUGGUGCGCGUGCAGACGGAGCACGGCACCUCGAGCAAGAACAACAUCUGGGCGGCUAUGGAGAACAACCCCGAUGUGCCGGACGAGGUGAAGGCGCAGGCGGUGCCGCGGGCCGAGAAGCCCAUCUGGGGCCCCGAGCGCUCCGAGGACGACGAAAUGGACACGGACGGCGACCCGGAGCCGCCGCGGGCGUACGCCGACGACAAGUUCGAGUGGGGCGUAGGCGAGGACGCGGACCUCAUCACCUUCAACCCGCUCUUCGACCCCACGGGCACCAACUGGAUCCUCGCGGGCGACGUGACGGGGUACAACACGAGCCGGACGCUGCCGCCGCGGCGCACGGCCAUCAUCACGGCCGGCCGCCUGUCGCGCCGCCUGCUCGAGACGAUGCACCGCGAGACGGCAGUGCGGCGGCGCACCAUGUUCAGCGAGAUGUGGCCGGCGUCGGUAGCGCUGCAGCACGGGCUCAAGGCCGUGUACGCGCCGCACCCGGUGUUCAUCGACCGCGCGUGGCCGACGGACUACCUGGCGGCGAUUUUCAACGGGGGGCGCAACGGCGCGGCGGGGGGCGCGCGCACGUCGGUGUUUUCGGAUGAGCGCCAGCAUAAUUUUAGGGGCACCACGUGGUAUUAUAACAGUGGUGCGGCGCCGAAUCUGUGGUUGAGGUGGCUGGGCUACGUCGUUGAUAAUGAUGGGGGCGAGGAGGACGAGGUUUGGGGUGAGGGGCGGAUGUGUUUGCCCCCGGUGCUGCUGCAUCCGGUUAAGCAUGUCGAUUUGGUGUUUGCGCAUGAGGAGGGGGAGGUGUAGGUAGUAGUGUGUGGGGUUGGUGGGUUGGUGGUGUUGUGUACCAGCAGCGUCAACUUCAACAUCGGCAUCAACAUCAGCGUCUCCAUCUUCAUCUCAUCCGUCUACAUAGCUCGCGAACGCGUUUUCUUUCUUUCUUCAUUCUUCUUUUAGUUGGUUGGGUAAUACUCGAAUUGCAUACACCAAAAAACAGACGGGCGGACAGGCUUUGGCGCUUUGGCUUUGGCUUUUCACUUCUCCAUUCACUUGUCCUUUGGGGUUCUUUUUCUUUCUUUUGCAUGUGCGCGUGCGUGGGACAUGAAAACAAAAAUAGAAAUAAAUAAAAUAACAUAACAUAAAUCUAUAUAACUCAACCCAACUCUCACCCCUCUUAUCCACCCCACCCAAACACAACCCAAUCCAUACGAAAUCGAAACUCCAACACGACCA